AGAGGUCAAACCGAUAAACAUUGUUGUGACCUAGCUAACCAAUCAUGUAAUUUGCUUAGAACUUACAUUGCAGGUGUCCUGGGAGUCACUGACCUCAGGUGUGAAACGUCACUCCCAGGGGGUCUGUGUGCAUUAGCGGUUUCCCAUGCAGCAGAUGGCAAACCAAAGACAAUGAGUGGAUGAGACAGACGAGCCAGGGAUCUUUACCAAGUGAACCAUCGAUUUGUUUCAAGGGAAACCAAGGGUACAUCAAGAUCCCAGCUCCCACAGCAGAGUCACCUUCUGCUCUCCGCGUGUUCUCCUUCUACUUAUCCAGCGACAGCAAAGACCAGCCUCAAGCCAGCUUCGACUGCAUCCAUCAAUAUGUUUCAUGUGACGGCCGCGAACAGCUGGAAGGUCAAGGCAUCAUCCAGGACAAGAUCACAGUGUGUGCCACCGACGACUCCUACCAGAUGACCCGUGAGAGGAUGUCUCAGGUGGAGAAGGACAUCUGGAGCCGCUCUGCCAUUGAGAUCAAACCUGGAGCCACACAUCCAAGUAAAUGUGUCAAGGUCCACAAGAGGCCAGCCCCUCUGUCUGCCUCAGACAGCAGCGUCUAUAAGCAGUCUACCAACAACCGGAGGAACGGCAGUACAGCCACGCCGACCCAGAAGUCCUUGAAGGAGCGUAUCAUCCACCUGCUAGCUCUCAAACCCUACAGGAAACCAGAGCUGCUGCUGUGGCUGGAAAGAGAAAGAGCCACCCCCAAGGACAAGGCCGAGCUGGGUGCCAUACUGGAGGAGGUAUGCGUAAAUAAUGUCCUACGCAGUAUGGAAAAGUAUGGAAUUUGAUUGAAGUCUGGAAAAAAGAAAAGAAAGCAUGUAAAAUAUUUGUGUUUCUAAACUAUUAACCCUACUUCUGAAUUUCUAAAAAUAAAUUGAUCAUACAAGCA